AUGACCACCGUCAAGAAAUCCGUCCAGCAGCCCCAGUGGCACGCUCCUCAGCCUCCUGCGUCUAAAACGCCGUUGAAGCUCUACAAUUCCUUGACCAGAACCAAGACUGAGUUCGUGCCCAUCGUCCCAGGCCACAUCUCAUGGUACUGCUGUGGGCCAACCGUCUACGACCACUCCCAUAUGGGCCACGCUAGAAACUACGUGUCGUCGGACCUCUGCAGAAGAAUCUUGCAGGACUACUUCGGCUACAAUGUCAAGUUCAUCCAGAACGUCACUGACAUCGACGACAAGAUCAUCAUUGCCGCUCGUCAGGAGUACUUGUUUGAAGAGAAGAUCGUGUCCCAGUUCUCUAGCGUGUCGGAGCAGUUGGCUGCCAACGCCGUGCAGUAUUUGCAGGCGUACUUGGCCAAGAACUUGCCAGAAUUCACUGGAGACAUCAACACCUUCGUCCAAUGGGCUGACCAGGUCGACGUUGCUGCCAUUGCCAAGGACAAGCCAAAGUUCCCCAUGUACAUUGCUGCCGCAAGAUUGGCCCACGGAGCCAUCUACGGCAACCAACCUGCUCUUGACAAGUACUUGGCUAGCAUCAAAGACAUCGCUAUGCCUGCUUUGGACGCUGAGUUCGGCUCCACGGUGACUGAUCCUUCCAUUUUCAGAAAGUUGCCCUACUACUGGGAGAGGAAGUUCGACGAGGACAUGGCCAAGUUGAACGUGUUGCCAUCCACCAUUACCACUAGAGUUUCUGAGUACAUUCCAGACAUCAUCGAGUACGUCGACAAAAUCAUCACCAACGGGUUUGCCUACGUUACCAGCGACGGCUCUGUCUACUUCGACACCGCCAAGUUCGAAAAUGACUCCAACCACGAUUAUGCCAAGUUGCAGCCAUGGAACAAGGGCGACAUGUCGUUGAUUAACGACGGUGAAGGCUCGUUGUCCAGUGGACAGGCCACCAAGAAGAAUCCAGCCGAUUUCGCGUUGUGGAAGGCCUCCAAGCCUGGUGAGCCUUCGUGGAGCUCCAAAUGGGGUGACGGAAGACCAGGCUGGCAUAUUGAAUGCUCUGUGAUGGCUUCCGACAUAACAGGAGAAACCAUGGAUAUUCAUUCGGGUGGUGUGGAUUUGUGUUUCCCACAUCACGACAACGAGUUGGCGCAAUCCGAGGCAUACUUCAACAACAAGCAGUGGGUGAACUACUUCCUUCACAAUGGCCAUUUGCAUAUCCAAGGCCAAAAAAUGUCCAAGUCCUUGAAGAACUUUAUCACCAUCGAACAAGCCCUCAAAGACUUCUCCAGCAGACAGUUGAGAUUGGUUUUCGCCUUGAGUUCCUGGGACAAGCCUCUCGACUUCAAGGACAGUUUGAUCCACGAAGUCAAGUCUUUCGAAUCCUCGUUUUCGAAGUUCUUCACAAACGUUAGAGCGUUGAACAACGACUACAAGCAUAAAAUCAGCGAAGGACAGUACGUGUCCAAGAAGGUUGGCCCCAAGGAAAAGCAGCUUUACAAUGACUUGAGCGAUUCGCAAACUGCAGUGCAUCUUGCAUUCAGUGACAAUUUGUCAACUUCUCAAGCCUUGAGAGUGAUCCAAGAUUUGGUUACCAAAACCAACACCUACUUACAAGAGACUUCUACUGGAGAAUCUGAAUUGCGCAUAGAAGUUGUAUUGCAAGUCACCAACUGGAUUGUCAAAAUAUUGAACAUCUUGGGAUUUGAGACUAGAUCAGAUAAGUUAGGAUGGGUCGAUUCCAACGGCGGAGAAGAUUCUGCUGGCUCGAAGGAGGACGUCGCUCUUCCAUACGUCAAGGCUUUCUCGCAAUUCCGUGACAAUGUCAGAACUUUGGCUAUCAACAAGUCGGAGACAUCCGAAUUCUUGAAGGCCACCGAUGCCAUCAGGCAAGAAUUGGUCAACUUGGGGGUGUCUUUAGAUGAUAGACCCAACGGAUCAGCCUUGGUGAAGUUUCUCAACGAACAGGAGAAGUUGCAAUUGAUCCAACAACAGGAAGAAAAGGAACGUGGCUUGGCGGAAAAGGAAAAGAAGAAGCAACAGCAACAAGCUGCCAACGCAAAGAAAGAGGCCGAGAGGUUGGCAAAGAUGAAGGUCAACCCCAAGGACUUGUUCAAGAACGACUUGUACUCGGAAUGGGACGAGUCAGGGCUUCCUACCAAGGACAAGGCGGGCGAAGAGGUGACCAAGAGUAUGAAGAAGAAGUUAUUGAAGCAGUAUCAACAGCAGGAGAAGCUCUACCAGGAAUGGUUGAAGCUUGGGGGCGAAGGUAACUGA